ACCAAACUCGCCCGACUCAGCUGCGAUUCUUCCGAACCCCCCGCUUCUUUUCGCCCUCUUCAGCGAGGUUCUUAUAUUUUCUCCUGACAUAUUUUAUACAAUCUGAUUUUCUUUUCCUGUCUUCCAUGCCUUGCCUUGAUCCUGAAAAGAAAAACAUGGCAUGCCCGUGUUCCUAAACAAAAACAUGCCCUACCACGGUGUGACCCCUCACCUGGUCCCCUUCCUGCCCUACAUUGAAAAGACGGACGAUUCCCCGCUUGACGGGGCAUGGAGGCCGGCGGAUUCGCUGUCGAGACCGAUAGAUGUUGCCGUGAUUGAAGGAUGGCUGGGGGAGUGUGACGGGAGUCAUUGGUGUCAUUCCCAGAGUCGGAAACAGAGGUCGAAACCUGCUUGGGUGGUGGAUGUUAAACGGAGGUGUGUUGUUGCUUAUAAGAAGGGGGAGUAUGUAGCGCUGAGCUAUGUGUGGGGUCCGGGCUGUGACACUGGGUCGAUUUGUUUGGUCAAGGAGAAUUUGGAGCAGUUGAGACAGGUUGGGAGUUUGGAUAAGGUGCGGGGGUUGCCGAGGACGAUAGCUGAUGCGGUGAGGCUUGUUGUGGAGUUGGGGUUGGGAUAUCUUUGGGUGGACAGGUUGUGUAUUGUGCAGGAUGAUUUGGAGGAGAAGGGGAGGCAGUUGAUGGGUAUGGCGGGGAUUUAUGAGGGUGCGUAUUUUACACUUGUUGCGGCGCAGAGCGCGGAUGCAAGUGGACCGCUUAGUUCGAGGCCUUUGCAGAGGAGUAGAAAGGGGUCGUGGUGGGGGGUGUUGUUGACGUUGGCGCCUGGGGUGGGGUUGAUUGGUAAGAGAAAGGAGAAGGGAGAUAUGCCUUGGAGACGGCCGAUGAAUAAUAGGGAGGUGAUGAACUCUCAUUCUAUUGACUUGUUGCGGACGGUGUGGUUCCAGAGGGGGUGGACCUUCCAGGAGUACUUGUUCAGUAGGAGGAGGGUGGUGUUUCAUAACAAUACGGUGAACUGGGAAUGCCUGUGUGUGUCUUUGCAUGAACAUCAACAACGUCUGAGCUCCAUUCCAACCAACACACUUCUUUUCUCAAGGCUAGACCAUUGGCCCAGCUUUCAUCGCUUUGCUCGGCUCUCAGCACUUUUUGCCCCAAGAUACUUAACAUUCGCUGAAGAUGUCCAUGACGCGUUUUCUGGUGCUGGAAAUCAUUUCGCAGCAACAUUCCCCGGCGGACUGAUCAGUGGUUUACCUGGGGGCUGCUUCUUUGAUGCUGCUCUUUUAUGGCAACCCUAUUCGCCAAUGGAGAAACGCCAUCCUUCGAACCAGGUCCAAAUGGGAGAAGAGGUAUUACCGUCUUGGAGCUGGCUGACCUAUCGAGGUAAUGUACAAAGCGAGAGCUGGGCAGCAGGCUGGAGCUACCUUGCCACUUCGCAACAUGAGGGUGGAUGGCAAGUGUUUCCAACAGUUCACUGGGAACACUCUGAAACAAAGGACAGUCCUCGGCAUCCCGCUUCUUCCCUCGAGACUCGUACACAUAUCCCUGAUAGCGAAGAUUGGAAAGAGUCAGACGGCCAUUAUACCCACCCAUCUAUACCCGACACCGUUUUCUCCCGCCCAAUCCCCCUUCCCUGUCCUCACCAGCCACAACCAGCCGUCGCCCAACGAUCACGCUACCUUCACUGCACAUCCAAACACACCACCUGGACCCUCCACCCCAAAGCCUACCACGCUUUCGCAGGUAACUGCGCCAUCCUUGCCCUUCUAGACCAGUUAGGAAACCUCGCCGGACAUCUCAGACUCAACACUUUGGAAUCAGACAUCCGCCACCACAUCCCCACCAACACCGUCGACCUCACUGAGCUCUCGAGAGGACAAGUGGAGCUGCAGCCUCAGUCACCCGGGUCAGCUCAAACCGAAAAGAAAGAACGCCUCGACAUGCUCCAGCGAGACUUGAGCUUCCCUUUCCCGGUGCCGUUGAUGGAAGAGUUGAAAGCGGGCAAGGCAAAAGAGAAGGAGUUGGUGCUGCAUCCCCUUGCUGAUGUGUUUGAUGAGUGGUCACUUCCGCUUUGGCCAGAGACGAGGAACAAGGGUCUUUAUGAGUUUUAUAAUGUCAUGUGGAUCAAGUGGUUGGAUGAGGGGGAAACUGUGGCGGAGAGAGUGGCUGUUGGGAGGAUAGAGAAAGGGGCUUGGGAGGGAAGAGAGACUGUGGUGAGGGCCGUGAUUAUUGCUUGUGGGAACUGUUUCUUUGCCCGGGUUGUCUAG